GGAUUAUCGCUCAUACGUUACUAAGAACAUCCAAAAUGAUAUUCUUAAAUAAGUUUUUAUUUUUAAUUUUGCUUGUACCGUUUGUUUCGUGUGAAAAGUUUCGUUUUAAUAACUAUACGCUGUAUAGAAUUUCUCCUGAAAAUGAUCAACACUACAAACUACUACAAGAUAUUCAAAAUACUGAUGUGAGAUUUGAUUUCUGGAGUGAUCCGACACCUUUAUUGGAUUUCGUAACGGUAUUGUCCAGUCCUGAAGACAAAGAUGAUUUAGAAGAAAUUCUGCGGGGAAAUAAAAUGAAAUAUGAGGUCACAAUGCAAAACAUCCAAGAAGCUAUUGAUAAGGAAACAGUGGAAAGUUAUACACGCAGUAAUAACAUAAGUAUGUCAUGGAACACGUAUUAUACUCUUGAUAGCAUAAACUCUUGGUUAGCUAACUUAAUAACAGCGUAUCCAGGUAUCGCUGGUAUGAUAAUUGGAGGUAGAUCUUAUGAAGGAAGAGACAUCAAGGGUCUUAAAAUAUCCCAUGGAUCAGGCAGAAGAGCAAUUUUCAUUGAAGGUGGCAUACAUUCUAGAGAAUGGAUUUCACCAUCGUCCGCAUGCUAUAUAAUAAAUGAACUUUUAACUAGCAAUGAUCCAGCAACAAGAGCGGCUGCUCGUGACUACGACUGGUAUAUAUUUCCAGUAACCAACCCUGAUGGUUACGUCUGGACGCAUGAACAGUUUCGUUUGUGGCGCAAAAACAGACGACCGAUUGGCACUGCAGUUGGAGUCGACUUAAACAGAAACUGGAACAAUAACUGGUUAGUGUCUGGUGCCAGUGUUAAUCCUGCAUCUGAUAUUUAUGCCGGACCGGGACCAUUUUCUGAACCAGAAACAUUAUCCCUGUCAGAAUAUAUAAGAUCUAUGGGAGAUAGAAUUGAUUUAUAUUUAUCAAUUCACUCAUUUAGUCAGUUAUUAUUGAUACCAUUUGGAAAUUCAACAGCAGCUUACGCUAAUUACCAUGAUGCAAUGAAUAUUGGAAGACGUGCGAUGGGCGCACUCUCUGUUAGAUACGGAACUCAAUACAUCACAGGAAAUAUCGCUGAGGCCAUAUAUCAAGCAACAGGAGGUAGUGUGGAUUGGGUCAAAGAACAGCUCAAAGUUCCUCUGGUAUAUUGUUACGAGCUACGUGACCGUGGCACGUUUGGUUUCCUCCUCCCAACGGAUCAGAUACGACCUAACAACGAGGAAGUCAUGGAUUCUUUGUUAGAAAUGAUCCAUCAAGCUAAGAGAUUCGGUUAUAUGAACAGCAGCAACGGCUUACACGGAUCUCUAUUCUUGUGUUUCUUAGCAUUAAUUAUAAAAAUGUUUCAUUGAUAACUAUAUUAAGUUAAGUAUACAUCUUCAAAUAAAAUUUUGA